GGCGAGAUGACCGCCGCCGAGGACGGUUCGACGGACGUGACCGUGCUAGGCUUUUCGAUCACGGCUCCGAAGCGCGAGCUCCUGAGGGACGCCGACCUGCGCCUCGCGGCCGGCAGGCGCUACGGCCUCCUGGGACCGAACGGCCGAGGAAAGUCGACCCUACUCAGGUUCUUGGCGGCGAGAGAGCUGCCCGUGCCCGCUGCCGUCGACGUGCUGCUGGUGGAGCAGGAGGCGGAGGCGUCGGAGCGUCCGGUGGUGGAGCAGGUCCUGCUGGCCGACGAGAGACGAAGGGAGCUCCUCGAAGAGGAGGCGUCGCUGCUCAAACAGAUGGACGCCGCGGAGGCUAGAGAGGACGACGGAGAUUUCGGAGAUUUCGGAGACGGGGGCAGCGAGAGCGGCGGCGACGCGGAAGGGGAGGGGCAGGAGGGUCACUGGGACGACGACAUGUGGGCUGCCAAGAGCAAGAGGCUGGCCCAGGUGGCGUCAGAGCUGGAUGCCAUUGGGGCGGACGCGGCGGAGGGAACCGUCCGCAAGAUCCUGACAGGGUUGGGCUUCACGGACGAGAUGCAGGACGGCCCCACAACCACCUUGAGCGGGGGGUGGCGCAUGCGCGUCUCGCUCGCGAGGGCCCUCUUCGUGAAGCCCAAGCUCCUCCUCCUCGACGAGCCAACGAACCACCUCGACCUGCACGCGGUGCUGUGGCUGGACGACUACCUCGCCAAGAAGUGGAAGACCACCCUGCUCGUCGUGUCCCACGACCAAGACUUUCUCGACAGCGUGUGCACCGACAUCGUCCACCUUCACGAGAUGGGUCUCAAGUACUACGGACACGGCGUCGACCGCUUCCGAGAGAUGCUUGGGCAGGCAAGUGUGAACGUGAAAGCGGAGAAAGACUACAAGCUGCAGGAGAAGGAGAUCGCCGCCCUGAAGAGAAAGGGCAACUCCGGGUCGAAGGCGGAAGAGGCGGUCUUGAAGAAGAUGGGCCGAACCAGCCUCAUGGACAGGCCAAAGGAGUACACGGUCAAGUUCAUGCUUUCGUCGCCCGAGGACCGGGUGCCUUCGAUAUCGGUACUGGACGUGUCCUUCGGCUACAGAGACGACCGCGCCGCCCUCUUCCAGGAUCUUCGAUUCAAGGUCGAUACGGAUACAAGAGUGGCUAUCGUUGGGCCUAACGGUGUCGGAAAAUCAACUCUGCUGAACCUCUUGUCGGGAAAGCUGGAGCCUUCGUCUGGGGAGGUGACUCGACAUCGUCACCUCAGGAUAGGCCGUUACGACCAGCACUUCCACGAGCUGCUGCCCCAGGGCAAGAGCCCGUGCGACUUCCUGAGGUCGGAGUACGACGUCCCCGAGCAGCAGGCCAGAAAGGUGCUGGGGCAGUUCGGGCUUGAUGGCGCGAGACACCUGAUCCCUAUCGCCGAGCUGUCGGGAGGGCAGAAAGCGAGGGUGGUGUUCGCGUCGCUGUCCAUGUCUCAGCCGCACAUCCUGCUCCUCGACGAGCCCACCAAUCACCUCGACAUGGAGAGCGUGGACGCGCUGAUCAGGGGCAUCCAGGAGUACAAGGGCGGGGUCGUCCUCGUCUCCCACGACGCGAGGCUCAUCGCCGCCACAGAGUGCGAGCUUUGGGUGUGCGAAGGCGGCGGGCGGGUGAACGUUCACCGUCACGGCUUCGAGCACUACCGCAGGUCCCUCCUGCGAGACAUCGCCAACGCGGAGGCGAGGGUCGAGGCCGCCGCCGCGGCGCGGGCCACCCGGCGAGCCAAGGAGCGGGCGGACCGGCUGGGCAAGCACACGCGCAGGGGCGCACAGGCGCAGUUCUCCAAGCUUGGUCUCGGGAAGGGCAAGACCGAGGAGGAGGAGGAGGAGGAGGCUUGCAGUACGGAGGUCAGGAAGAAAGCGGUGGCAUCGGUGUUCGGAAAGAAGAAGCGUUGAGUUUCUACGCAGCACUGCACAAGUAUUGAGCGUCAAACGUUGGAGGGGUGAUUUGUCUCUUUGUGCGGGGGGCGUUGUGUGGUGCGGGGAGAACGGUCGUAACCACUUGCCGCUGUCAAGGGGUAGCUUGGCGUUGGUUUGUGCUCUUGAAAGGACAAAUGGCGAGAGAUGAUAAGAAGUUGCGAGACCUGGACUUAUUUCCGCUUUUGUCUGAAACAGGCAUGGGUGUACCCACUUUUGCCGUAAAACACAGCAAACCACCGCGCUACAUGUCAAUGUGUAUGAUCGCCCGAGGCGGCAAUUGUAACCACCGAUAGAAUGACGUGAGCAGACCAAUCCGCAAGAAACACGCUGCAGCGUAUGUAUCGUCUCGUGAACUGGCUUGAGCAGGAUGCAACGUGCUUGGGCUUUUGGCCCGUCGGUGUGGGGAGGAUUUGUCGGGUGUUCAAGGGCGCUUCGCGGCGUGCCCAUCGCGGUCGCCGCUACGCUCGUAGGUUGCAUGGCGGUGGCAAGUGUGUGCGUGUGGAGUUUGGAGAUGAGGCGAAAAAUUCUGCGCAAAAGAGCGUGGUUGAGGGUGUUCCUCGAGGUAUUGAGGGGAACAUCAAUUAAUUACAUGAUUGAGGAGUGAACGAAAAUACCAGCGGUAGGAGCGGAGGUGACGCGCGACAGCGGGAAGUCAACAAAAACACAACAACAGUCUGA